GCGCGGGGCUGCGACUCCUGUCACGGCGCUGCCCGGGGCCGCAGGCUGGGGUGGGCGGGAGGUCCGGGGAUCGCUCCGGCCGCUUCCUUCCCGCGCUCCCUCCCGGUUGCUCACGUCCCCUCAUGAGGGAGUCUGUGCCCGGGCCGGCGGCCGCCGCGGUCCCCACGGCCGGCCGCGAACCCUCGACGCCCGGCGGGGGCGCCGUCGCGGCCUCGGGAGCCGCGGUUCCCGGUUCGGUGCAGCUGGCGCUGAGCGUGCUGCACGCGCUGCUCUACGCCGCGCUCUUCGCCUUUGCCUACCUGCAGCUGUGGCGGCUGCUCCUGUACCGCGAACGGCGGCUCAGUUACCAGAGCCUCUGCCUCUUCCUGUGUCUCGCGUGGGCAGCGCUCAGGACCACGCUCUUCUCGGCCGCCUUCUCCCUCAGCGGCUCUCUGCCCCUGCUGCGGCCACCCUCUCGCCUGCACUUCUUCCCGCACUGGCUGCUCUACUGCUUCCCCUCCUGCCUCCAGUUCUCCACGCUCUGUCUCCUCAACCUCUACCUGGCAGAGGUCAUAUGUAAAGUCAGAUGUGCCACUGAACUUGACAAACACAAAAUUCUACUGCAUUUGGGCUUUAUUCUGGCAAGCCUUCUCUUCUUAGCAGUGAACUUGACCUGUGCAAUGCUAGUCCACGGAGAUGUCCCCGAAAAUCAAUUGAAAUGGACUGUGUUUGUUCGAGCACUGGUUAACGAUAGCUUGUUUAUUCUCUGUGCCAUCUCUUUAGUUAGUUACAUAUGCAAAAUUACAAAAAUGUCAUCAGCAAAUGUCUACCUCGAAUCAAAGGGUAUGUCUCUGUGCCAGACUGUCAUCGUGGGCUCUGUGGUCUUUCUUCUCUACUCUUCCAGAGCUUGUUACAAUCUGGUAGUGAUCACCAUAUCGCAGGAUACCUUAGAGAGUCCAUUUAAUUAUGGCUGGGAUAAUCUUUCAGAUAAGGCUCGGGGGGAAGAUGGAAAUGGAGUAGACUACAUGGUCUUCGGAAUGGUCCUCUUUCUGUGGGAGCAUGUACCAGCAUGGUCGGUGGUACUAUUUUUCCGGGCACAGAGAUUAAACCAGAAUCUGGCUCCCGCUGGCAUGAUCAGCAGCCACAGCUACAGCUCCAGGGCUUUCUUUUUUGACAAUCCAAGACGGUAUGACAGCGAUGACGACUUGCCAAGACUGGGGAGCUCACGGGAAGGAAGUAACUUGGAUCUGAGGAACCACCAUAGCUUAUACGUAACCCCACAAAACUGACGGCUUCCCCAGGGCAGAAGCCUCGGACCGUUCUUCACGAACGCGUGCGUGUUUUCGGCAUCUUUAAACCCACCUGCAUCAACACUGCAUUACCUGUCCCGACUAACAAAGAACAUCUGGAGGCGCGGCUGUGUUUCGUGGGUCUCCGCGUCCUGACCUCCGCCCAGCGAGACGUGAAGUUUGCAGGAGAAGAGAUUGGACGCUAAGGUACUCGGUGACCUCAGAACCUCCUAACUUUGGGGCACCCUGCACACAUUUGCAUAUUUGCACUUUUACCUAUGUUCGGAAAGAAUACUCUGCAGUCCCCAAAGCCACACACUUGAGUAUUCACACCAGAAUAUUACUGCACACUAAAUCGGGAGGCAGUUUUCCACACAAAUCAAAACCUAGAAACCCGAUGGCGUACUCCACCUUACCCAGUGACAGCUUUAAAGUGUGAUCAGUGCACAGAAUUAAGGAUUAAAAAUGCAUCUUUCUUUUUAAAAAAAAAAAAUCUAAAAACGUGUAACACUUAAGACAGUUUUUUAAAGCACGCUUUGAAAAGUGUCAAUUUUAAUUACUCCAUUAUUUUAAACAAGGGAUAGUAGAAACCCUUCAGGUGCUGCUGGCUGGCAGUGUUCUUUGGAAAAGCCAGAUGGGUUUCUUUGAGAGGAGCAGUAAGCCAAGAGGAGACUGUGUGGCUUUGAGGAGGACUGGUCAAGUGGCUAUUUUGUGACUAAGUAGCAGUUUAAGCAUGAUUCUUCCAGGCAAUAGUGACCUUUGCAUAGGGGGCUUCGGUAAAAUGUCUUGGGACUAAACAAGUUUACGGAUGCGUUUAGGGAUUCUUCAUUGGAAAAAGAAAAAGUGCUAAGUUAAAAACAGUAUGUCUUUAAAAAGCAUCCAAUUUGUCCAAAAGGGGGUGGAGCUCAUCCUUCCUACUGAGUCAAAACUGUCCUCAGGUAAACUAAAUCAGGAGGCAUUUUGCAGUGAGCUAAAGUGCAAUACUUAAUAAAGUGUAUAAUCAAUACUUUAUAAAAUGUAUAACCCCGCCUUUAUUUUUCAUGUUUUAUACCUUGUAUAUGGCCUAAACCAAAUUAAACUAAACCCAAUCAAUUCCAGCAUUGGAUUAGCAAGCAAACAGGAGAAAUGCUAAGAGGGUCACAAGAUUGGAAUAUUUUAGGAUUUCAUUAAAACUAUCUUAAACAUGAUCCUGUAAGCCGUGUGCCUGUGCACGCCGUGUGCACCCUCGUGUUCACUCGGACACGCACAAAUAUGACACACAGUAGUAGGCCAAGACAACACAAGAUGUAAAAAUGCACUUCCUGUGUCUCUACGGAAAGUGAAUGCUAAAUACCUCAGAUUCCGAGGGGACAGGCAGCUUAAGAGGCUGCCUCACAGGUAGACAUGGCCCCACAUGGGAUCCGCCAACUGCUUUGGAACUGGGACGAGCACAGCUGCCCUCUCCUGUCUCCUGUGACUAGAAACUGUCUUAUCUGUACUCAUACCUAAACUAUCUCUCAGCCUUUUGACGACUAAUGCAGCGACCUCACAAAAGUCUAUGUGAGCCUUUCAAGACACAUUGUCAGUCCUCUCCAUUUUCUGAGAUGGUACAAAGCCAAAUAGACACUUUUCCUUCUUUUUACAAACAACGGCUUUUAAAUUCAAUCAGAAGCAUAAUUAAUAUAUGUGACAUUCGUUUAUAAGUUCUUACUGUAACAAAUCAUUUAGACUUUUAUAGUACAGACGUUAGCCUUGGUACUAAGACGACAACCUAACAACAGAGUCUACAACCAUGGAUUUCAGCUGUUCAGUCUCUCUCUCAGAAUGCCAGUUAUCUGGCAACAUUAGGUCUCUAACUCUGCCGUCUUUGGAAUCUCUGGGUUCAAGGCGACUUUUUUCUAGUUAACCAUCUGUAUACAAACCUCCUGGUUGACACCAAGUAAACCAAGUAAACAAAGACGACGUAAACACUUCAGAUAGUGUUAUAGUUCUUUUAGCUAUACUAGUUGACUAUACUGAACCUGAGAUUUGUUAAUUCAUUGAAUUUAUCACUGACUCAAGCACCUUUUUUUUUUUUUUUUUGGAAACAGGGUAUCUCUAUGUAGCCCUGGCUGCCCUGGAACUAUCAGAUUCUCCUAUCUCUGCCUCCUGAGUGGGAGGAUGAAAGGUUUGCACCACCACACCAGGCCUAUAAAGAACCCAACUUCUUAGCAUUUGUCUCAUAUGCAUCUCACUGUACAUCGCCAAAGAAAUCUGCCCCCGCGUCUGCUUAAGAUCAAAAGCACUAGCAGCACUUUAAGUUUGGUCUCAGAAGGAGCUGUUUAUCAAGUCAAAGGGCUACAGUUCCCUGCCUACCUGCGCUAAAGCACAUGACAAUUCCAGCCCUUCCUCGGUCAUAAACUAGAAAAUCAAAUCUCAUUGCUUAAGUGUGUGAUUCUACAGUGAUUAGCAAUACCUAUCGUUUUAUUUCACUUGGGUUGCUAUUAAUUUUGAAAACUCUUACUACUUACUGUAGCUGACUGUAGUUUUGUGGACAAUGUAAUUUAUAGCUAAAGUGGCUUUUUUUUAAUUCGUAAUUGCCUUUUUAUUGUUUAACAGUGUUUCUCAGCUAUACAGUCAGUUUCAAACUGGUUGCAAAAGUAUAGCUGUGGCCAAUGAAUGUACUUCUUUGUUUCACUAAAUUAUAAUAAAAUGCUACUGUUAAAGAGUG